CUUUUCUCCAUGCAACGAGCAAAGGGCGCAUCCGCAAGCUUCAUGAACGAAAUCGGCUUUUUGCGGCCCACUCGUGGGAGAACAGAGUCCACCCACGUCAACCCCACCCCGGACACGUCACGUGCCCUGCCUUCGGCAACACCUGACAGAGUUCAUCUCGAGUACAUACAUAGUAUUGUACAAGUGAAUAGUUUUUCUGCGUCUUUUUGUAUUAUUAAUGACUGCAGUAUCUAUUCUGACUCGAAAUAUCAUUAGAAUGGG